CCUUGUCCAACGAUGGAAAAGUCUAUUCUUGGGGAGGGAACGAAUAUGGACAGCUUGGAAAUGGAACCGAUAAACGUUCACACCGACCAACUAUGAUAUCUGGAAAUUUUGGCAGGAUAAGAGACUUAGCUGCCAAAUACUAUUACUCUGUUAGUGCAGCAGUCACAGAAGCAGAUGAAGUAUUCGCUUGGGGUGAAUUCAAUGGCGAAAUAAACAUCAUUCCGACAAAAACCUCAUUGACUUCACUGGAUGAGGUUUUUGCGAAAAUUCCAAAUGACGCCGUUACAUUCCGACCAUUGCGUCUAAAACGUGACGAUGAGCAGUCAGAAGAAAAGAACACUGCAAACGAAAGUCCGGAAUGGGAAUGGCUCAAGAAAUCUUUUGGUGACGUCGAAUCUGCUGACGUUGUUUUUGUUGUCGAGGGAAAGAAAAUCCACGCGCACAAAACAAUUCUGAUAUUGCGAUGCGCCGUCUUCAGGACCAUGUUCCUGGGCAAUUGGAAAGAGAGCAACGAAAGAGAGCAAAUCAUCGACUAUCACAGCUACGAUGCAUUUUUCGCCUUUUUGAAAUACUUCUACACCAACGAGGUUGAUUUGCAGCCAGAUUUGGCUCUAGAGCUAUUCGCGUUGGCCAAUUUCUAUCAAAUGACUGAUCUGCAAAAGGAGUGCCUGAAAAUUAUCAAAAGAGGCGUGACCGUGGAAAACGCUGCAUCGAUUUACGAUAAAGCAGUUCUACUUGCUGCCGAGGAACUCAAGGAGUUCGUUCUGAAGUUCUGCAUGGGGCACAUGAAUGCUGUUUUGAACAGUGAUGGCUUCAAGCUCUUGAACAGCGAUGUCGCGAAAGAUUUCGUCCUUCAUGCUGCGCAGCAAGGAGCGUUUAAAAAAUGAUUAUUACGCGGUUUUCUCUGCUGAGAGAAGCAGAUUAUGUGUGUAUUUUAUACGACAGUGUUCUUUAUCUACGAAUUAGGACGCGUAUUCAUUCUCUAAUCUUGUACUUAUCUUGACUGCGCCUCCGUGAGAAAUUAGAGUUUCAAUCUUUAAAUUAUCAUUUUCGUGGGCAUAUCACACGUCAGUAAAAAUUGUGGGGAAGGAUAAUUGCUUUUUUUGUUCAAUAUUAAAAUUAAAUCAACAUUGCAGUUUCUAAUCUUUCUUAUUUUACGCCAACUUCAAACUCAUCCCUUAUCUGAUCAUCGCUUCUUUGCUGAAAUUUGACUUUGGACGAUGCCAUCACCGCAUGAUGAUUGACAAUCCUUGCUGUCACGCGUGAUUUCCGUCUUAUCAGUUGCUUAUCUGAAUUGGAUGGCUGUUUUGUUUGAUGGUUUGAUUGAUGGCUCUGUCACAAAAAACUCCCAUCAAAGAGACGCUUCAUAGAACUAAAAAGGAAUCAGCUCCUCUUAAUCAGAGAGAUUAUACGAUUUAGAGCAGCUGAACCUGUCCUUUGUUGCUUGCAUGCACAGGAGAUAUAACUGUGAUAAGUUUCUUCUAUUACGCGCAAGGGACAGCCACUUAAUUACAAAAAAUAGUUGUUUGUUCCUUUAUUGAAUUCAGAUUAAUGUUUUUGGGCCUCUUUAGCUGUCAUGUGAUGUUUUCCAUUUAAUUAGACUAUAGUGAGAGCUCUUCAUUAAAUAAUUUAUUUUUUAUCGGACACCUUCGGUUUUGCUUCAUCUGAGAAGUCGUUUUCUAUACACAGGUUUCUUCUUACACAAAUGAGGUUACCGACGCUUUAAUCUUGUUUUUCAUCCUUAUCUGAUCUUGACUCCCCUUCAGAGCAGUGCAGCAAGAGACAAUUUUUGGUUAGAAAGCUGGAAUGCAAUAUAUGGGAAUACUUGGACAAGUGGGAUUUAAUUCGUGUUAUGUACAAUAUGAUUUUCCAUGCUUUUCGAGAUGGAGAUUCAAUACUAAUCUAAUUAUGUUUAUCGUAUUAAAUAAAUUGGAAUGUUAUCAUUUUUAAAAAUUAACCAAAAUCAAAUGCGUUUAAGGAAAUAAAAAUGGUUGCACAAUGA